AUGGCUCCUGCCGAUCAUUCAAAGGGUUCUUUGACGGCAACAAAGUCAUUUGCACAGGCUCUGUCCAAUUCGUGCAAUAUCCCAAUCUCAAAUCUAGCCAAACCUUGUCUGAAAGGUGAGCAAAUUUCAAUAAAAAUCACUGAGGUUGAAUAUUUGGCCGGUGUCCUUGACUGUCAAAAUGUCCUUCACGGACGGUUUACUCUCCCGAAGGGUUCAUCACCUAUCCGUAUGCAAGAUUUGAAAGAAAGAAUCCUGAAGUUCUGGAAAACUAAUGAGCAGUGGUCCAUGGUGUCCUUAGGUAAAGGUUAUUUUGAAUUUAUUUUUUCAUCCUUGGAUGAUUUAAGUGUAGUAAGAUCCAUAGGUUUUUGGAAUCUCUCAUCGGGUCUACUUAGAACCUUUGCUUGGUCUGCUGAUUUUAAUCCUUUUACUGUGCAACCAACUAAUGCGCAAAUAUGGAUUCGCAUUCAUGGGCUUGCCCGUGAAUAUUGGAGGCCUUAUAUUCUGUUUGAAAUUGUUGGGGCUGUAGGUACUCCUUUGGCUCUCGAUGAGGCAACUAAGAAGAGAACUUUUGGUCACUUUGCUAGAAUUUUAAUAGACGUUGAUUUGAAUUCAAACUUGCGUGAAAGAAUCCUUAUUGAAAGGAAUGAUUUUGAUUUUUAUGUGGAUGUUGAGUAUGAGAAUAUUCCCCCAUUUUGCAAUGCUUGUCAAAUAAUUGGGCAUUCUUUGAAGAAUUGCAAGUAUCAGAAUCCUCCAAAAGCCACUACGAGUUUAGUGAACAAGAGAAAAAUGGAGACUGUUACUAUGUCUUCUGCUUCAGAACCGUUGGUAAUUGCAUCCAAUCAAGGUGUGGCAGAUGUAGAUCCGCUUAUUGAAGAUCUUACAAGAGACAAAGAGGUUGAGGAGGCUCAUGCUAUUGAUCUUGCUAAGAAACCAAGAGUCGAUCCACUGAGUAUCACUCCGGACUUGCGGAUUGUUGGUUCCUGGAGUGACGCAGUGACAGACUUGGACUACAUUCAAGAUCCCCCAUCUUGGUGCAGUACUUCUUCCAACGUCACUGCCUCUGAUGUUGGUCUAAAUCCCCAUGUAGCUCAUGACUUGGAGAUUUUGAGAAAUUGGAAAGAUUAUGAGGCUAGCGACAUUGGGCAUAGGGUGUAUACUGAUGAGGAAGAGACCGCAACAACUAUUAAUUAUUUGAAGAACCGCUCUGCUGCUGUGGAAGAACCUUUUACUGAUGUGGUGUCUAAGGCUAAGAAAAAGAAAUCGCAGAAGGGAUUUCCGGUUCGUUAUACCCGUUCUAUGAGAACUUUUUUUGUUGCUCUUUUUGCUUGA